UUGUGUUAAAACAAGACAACUCUGUUAUACGCCGCACUGUCUUUUUCUCCGAUAGCUGCCUCUCUCUUUCUCUCUCUCUCUAAACUGCAAAACCCCUUCUUAAUUCUCCAUUCAAAUCUUCAUAUAGCAUCACACCCACCUUCAAAAAAAAUCACAAGAAGGUAUUAAAAAAAAUCAAUUUUUGAAGAAAACCCAUUUGCUGAAAUUGAAAUUAGAAGGGAUAUAUGGAGAGCAGUAUAGGGAAAGAUGGAAACGGACGUUUUCCUUUAUCUGGGGUUGUGGCAGAUUGUGUGAAACGUUGGUUUAAGGAUACUCUUAGGGAGGCUAAAGCUGGUGAUGUUAAUAUGCAGAUUUUGGUUGGUCAGAUGUAUUGUAGUGGCUAUGGUGUUGCAAAAGAUGCUCAAAAGGGAAAACUUUGGCUGACAAAAGCAUCGAGGGUCAGGUCUUCGGUUUGGAAAGUUGGAGAUAAGCGUCCGGGUUAUAAUGCAAGUGAUUCUGACUCUGAUGAAUCAAACGAGGAUUCUUAACCAGACUAAAUUUGGUUCCAUCCCUAAAUUCUGAAAGGUAUAUGCAUUGCACGACAUCAUGCUUCUUCAUAGCCACCAUAUGGAUGUUCUUUCAGUUAUACAUUUGCUUUGUGAUUAAUGUAUGAUUUGCUAUACCAUUUUUUUUUUAUCAAUCAAUGAAAACAAAAAAGAAUCUUAUUUGAUUUUUGAGCAUAUCGUGGAUUGUUAAUUUUAGAAUUCUUUCUCACUUUCCUUGACAUGGCAUCACUUCAUGCAAAUUGAAUAGGGAGAGUCUAGCUUUAUAGUUUA